AUGGAAGAGAGUUUUACUUCUUCAUCUUCAUCAUCAGGACUGUCUUCGUCAAUUACAUAUGUUACAUAUAUGAUUUUCGAUAUACUAUCGAUAUUGUGUUCUUUAUUUGUUCUAUAUUAUCUUCUUUCUGAUCGAGCACUUCGCCGUGCUCUAAAUAAUCAUAUUAUCAUUGUUCUUCUUUUUCUGGGUAUUACAUACGAACUAACUGCUAUUUCAUGGGAUCUUUAUUAUUUACGCAAUGGUAUUCCUUGGAUUGAAUCACCCAUUUUCUAUCUUUUUUCAUUCUUUUUGGAUUAUGGAUUGUAUGUCACUCAAAUAGUAUUAUUUGCUUGGGCAACCAUUGAAAGACACAUACUUAUUUUUCAUAAUCAAUGGAUAACAACAAAAAAACAACGUUUCUAUGUUCAUUAUUUACCUAUCAUUAUAAUCCUUAUCUAUUGUUUGAUAUAUUUUUCUUUAAUUACUUUUGCACCAUUUUGUGAAGAUUCAUUCGAACCUUAUAUAACUGGUGGUGUCUUUAUUCCUUGUGUAUUUAUGAGAACAAUAUUAGGAACAUUAGAUCUUCUUAUUCAUCAAGUUAUUCCAACUAUAAUCAUUGUAAUAUUUAGUGUUGGUCUUAUUAUACGUGUUUUAUGGCAAAAACGAAAGAGAAAUCAAUUACUUCAAUGGCGAAAACAUCGAAAAAUGACAAUUCAGUUGUUAUCUAUAUCAAUUCUUUAUUUAACAUUCAAUUCUCCAUGGACGAUUCUUAUUUUUGCAUCUCAAUAUGGAUUAUCUGAAGAUAUUGUAGCAAUACCGAUGGUCUAUGCUGUUUAUUUUCGUAGUUAUGUUCUAUUUCUAUUCCCGUUUGUAUGCUGUGGAUCAUUAUCAGAACUUCGAGGCAAAGUUAAAAAAGUAUUUUAUCGACGACAACGGAAUCAGAUUGGUGCAAUUGAAUCAUUGAAGAUAGCACCAACAACACAUAAAUAA